AUGGUAGCGAAAGUGAAUGAGGAAAGCUGGCAUGACUGUCUGCAAGAUCUUUCUAGGCUUAAGCAUAAGCGGAGUCAAGCUCUUGCUAGGUUCGAUAGAAAGAAUGAGUGCAGCAAGGAGGAAAGGAGUGGAGGAUGUGAUCCCGGUAGGACGCUAAAGACUGACUUGCCCCCACUUUAUGGAUGUAGCAAGUCUAAUCGUCUGGUACUAAACUGCUGCAGUAAAGGUGGGAACCAGAUAUCGACUCAAGGGGUUGGGUUGGUUUACAGCUCGGUGUGGAAGAACCCAGGCUUUUGGUCUCCCUUUCUAGCAGCGGUUCCUGAUUCAAUUGUAAGUGUUCCGAGCCUGAGUUCAAUCCCAAAACCAAAAGUCCAUCCCAGCUGUCAACUACGUGCGGAUAAGGGACGAAGAAUGCUUAAAAUUCCGGUUAUUCCUCUCCAAAGAAAUCCCCGUAUUCGCUUCGCCCCUCAAGUCCCACAUCGGCUUGAUGCCAUCUUCAUGAAGGAGAAUGCCCCAAAAGCGUCUGCUAAGAUUAACUGUACAAAAUCGAAUGCUGUCAAAUUUGCCUUAGUGCAGUUACUCUCAGUGAAGUUCCUAAAUAGGAAUAUUUGGUAA